AGAGAGGGGCUAGUGAAUGAAGAAAAGUGGGGGAGAAUGCAGUGAAGAAUUCAUUGUAUAUGCUAAAAAAAAAUAAGAAGGGAAGGGAUGAGAUGGAGGAGUAAGAAUGAUGGAAUGGGUGACACAAAUCAAGAUGUGUUAUAUUGAGAUGCUGCUGCUACAGGGUUGUGACUCAGAGCAGCUGAGCCAUAGCUCUUCAAGUCUACUAUUAAAAAUGUCCUCUAACAAGUGUACAUUGCAAAACAUGGGAAAGAAACAGAAUGGCAGGAGUAAAAACUUUGAAGAAACAGAGCCUAAAGAAUUUGUUGUGGAAAAAGCACUGAAUGGGAAGGAAGAAUAUUUCAUGGAGUGGAAGAGAUUUACAAAUUCUGAUAAUACUUGGGAACCUGAAGAAAAUUUAGACUGUCCAGAAUUCAUUGAAGCACUUCUUAAUCCUCAAAAAUCUGGUAAAGAAAAGGAUAAUACAAAAAGAAAUUCUCUGUCAGACAGCGAAUCUGAUGAUCGCAAAGCAAAGAAGAAAAGAGAUGCUUCUGACAAACCAAGGGGUUUGCAGGGGUCUGGUGCCACAGACAGCAGUGGAGAAUUGAUAAUUCUCAUGAAAUGGAAAGAUUCCUAUGGAACUGACUUGGUGCCGGCAAAAGAGGUGAAUAGGAAGUGUCCUCAGAUUACAAUUGCCUUUUAUGAAAAGAGACUAACUUGGCAUUCUUGUCCAGAAGAUGAAGCUCAAUAAUUGUCUGCAUUAUGGGUGUUGG